AUGUUUCGAUCGGGAUCACCGAGGAAAGAGAAGAACCUAGUUCACACCUGGCUACAGGUUACGCUCGAUAUUGCAUAUGGAUAUCACGAUCUUGUUAUGAUUCUUGGAUUCCAGCUUACAACUCAAAUUUUACGUGGUGAUGGAGGAAUCAUAGGUCAUGGCAAUAAUCCUGAGCAUGCGGUCUAUCCAAGGGAGCUGCCACCUUUAGGCCCUUCCAGUUCCUGGCAACCUCAACGUCGUCCAGGCAACAAUGAAGGAGAGUACAUAAAUGUGCCGGCAUCUGCAGCAGUAACUAAAGGGGUAGCAAGACCGCUGGCCGCUGGUGUAGCCAUGGGAGCUGGAGUUGGAAGAGCUCUUGCUGCUGCUGCUGUGAUCUUCGGAGAUGAUUUCAUGUCGGGAUUUAGCAUCCCACCAAGCUUACAAGAUCCUAGUCUUACAAUUUCUAUGGAUCCUACAUUCUGA